CUUGAGGGAAGGCUCCACCGUUCUUGCUUUCGAUGAAAUGAGCUGUGAGAUGUUUGAACACUGUUCUCAUAAGGAAAUGCAAGGUAACUCCUGUGCUUAAAAGGCUGGUUCUACCAAAGAAAGAAGUGUAAUCACUGGAAGAAAAGGAGAAAGAACUUAGAUCAUCAGGCACACCGUGUUGCUGGUGCAAUGGAUCCAGAAGGAGCUGAGAUGUCUUCACCAAAUGAUGUCAGUAUGGAAGAAAUAUUGCUGGAAGACAAUGAGCAAGACACUAUAGAAUACAGGAUCCUCAUGGCCUAUGCCCAACGGAGGUUGCCAGCCAGCAGAUAUAAGAAACUUCUGAAAAAUGAGGCAAAUGUGCUGAAAACAUCAUCCUUAAUCAGGAGUGAAGGGGAGAUCCAACAUCAAAGUGAUAAAAGUGGGCCACACCAAGUAUCAGAAUUGCAGCAUGGUGCAAAGAAACAGAAAAGCAAAAAGCAACCCAAACAAAAAUUCUUGUCAAGAUAUUGUCUGCCCUUUUUCUGCAGGAGAGCAGAGCAGCAAAGUCCCAUAAAAACACAUGCACCCAACAGUGGAAUGGAAGAUUUCUCCACUUCUGACACCUGCACUGGGAGCCUUCAAAAAAGGAGUUUUCAGGAGCAAAGUGAAAAAGCAGAUGUCAAUCAUAUUGUAGACAAACUCUCCAAGCUUGUGACUAGCAGGCCUCAGCCAUCUCCUUCAAAUGUGGCAUUCAGGAUGCUGGUGCAUACCCGGGCUCUGGAACAAGAUAGUGGAGAUACUGCUGAUGAAAAUGAGGGUGAAGGAAAUGAUGAAGAAAAGACAAUACAAACAAUAGUUGCACUGUUAAGAAAAUCAGGGGAUCAGCUAGAAGAAAGGUUCAAAAAAGACAGGAGUUUCUAUCAGCGUUUUGAAGAUAUGUUGUCCUAUGCCUUCUUCGAGAGGCUCACCGAUUCAUUCCUGGAGAAUGUCUCAGCAGAUUCCACAAACGAGACAGAAGACCAGUUACAGUGCACCAAAGUUGCCUUUGCACUGGAAGUUGCCACCAGACUUACUGCUGUGGACAACCAUCCUAUGAACCUGGUCAUGGGCUUUGGAUUAAAGUACCUCCAAGAGCACUUCAGUCCCUGGAUUCGUGAUCGUGGGGGCUGGGACAAGGCUUUGAGUUCACUGGAUCAAGAAGAAGUAGAAUAAUUGUGACUGAGUUCAUUCUUCAGGGUACCUGAGCCUACAGUUAAGGAACAUGCAGAAUUUGAUGCCAAUGGCUAUGUAUUUUUAUUUUUAUUUUUCACGUGGAAUGUUUGACCGUUCUAUUUCUAAGUCUGAUGGGUACAACAGCACUUUCUCAAAGUAGGUAUUGAUGUACUUUCUAGUGGAUAUGAAUUCACUUCCAACUUCUCUGGAGCACUCAGCCUCAUGGACAUUGAUUUCAGUUAGAUUUCUGCGUAGAGUUGCUUCCGACUGCUCCUAGAGGUGGAUGUUAAAAUGCAAAUGGGAGGAAAAGAAGGGUAAGCAAUCAGGAACCACUGGAGUCAAUAAACCAUCAACCAGUCAAGAUGUGCACUGCCAGUUUUGUGUGGUUCAUAGUGGUACCACCAGUUACCAGUCCCGUGUACCUUGUUAGUAGGUGUACCUACAUGCUACUGUCAGUGCUGCCUCUCUCUCCCUUUCCCUGGUUAGUUUCUCCAAACUAUUCAUGCCAUCUUAUAAUUCUGACAGGGACUGAGUAAAGCUAAUGGAAGCUAUUUGCUCCAGUGCCUUCCACAUUCUCCCAAGAUAAUAGACUUGAUCUACCUUAAGAUGUUUUAAUUUGAGUUCUUUUGUUUUAAACCUCUUCAGAGCAUAAUGCAAUAGAUGUUGUCUUUUAUAUUGCUAUUUUUUCUACUGAAGUGGAAAAUACAAAAAUGGUGAGAGAUUUUUUUAUCCAAGAAAUUUAAAACAAUUCUAUUGUGUAUUUCUCAUUAUAGAAAAGCUCGAUGCUCUUUAAUCUCAGGGAUUUCUCAUAAACAGAAGUGUACUUUCAGGCAUGGAAGGUGAACGAACUCAUUAGAGUUCCCGAAUCUGUAGGUGUGGCAGAGGAAGGAAUAACAGCUUGUCAUUUAAAGCAGAGAUUUAUUCCAGUUAAGCUAUACAUUAUUUUAAGUCUUGACUUGUGACAUAUUUAGUCAUGACUUCCAUCCCCUGAAAAUCCUUGGUGGAUGGAGAGGGAACUUGGAACAACUCCUGAAGCUGUGCCAUCAUGGUGUUGCUUCUGUGAUUUUCCAGUACAGAGUUGUUUUUUCCUGAAAAUACUCUCUUCCCCUCAGUAAGAUGCCCUUCUAUUACAGGUACUCAUUCUGACUGUACAAGUAUGUUAACAAUUGAAAUUGCAUGAGGAACUUACUAACAAAUUAUGAAUUUGAAUAAAAGUGAUAAAAAGCAUUUUAACUGGGGGUGUAAAA